AUGAAGCAAGUAUUAAUUUUAUAAGAUCAAAAAUAAUGUUCAAACGUUAAAAUAAUAUUGUCUAUAAUCUAUUUAGGAUUAUGUUUUUUGCUUUUAUUUUGUGCUGAGCUAACUUUUUUGAAUUUAAUUUCUUAAAUUUAUAAUCAAUAUGGUUUCUAUUACUUAGGAAAUAUGACUAUUUUAUGCUUGUACUUAUCUUUCGGAAUUUUUAAUAUAUUUAUUAGUUCAAUAAUAAAUAAAUAUAAGCAAAAACCAGUAUUAAUAACAUGCAGUUUCGCUUUAACAAUUUUUAUAUCUUUAGGGAUAUAUGUAUCUUAAUGUAAAGAAAGUGAUAUAUUUAUUUGUAAAAAAGUUACGGUUUAUACAAUAGUAAUAAUAUUAACAUUAAUUGCUGGUUGUUUUGGAUCUUUAAUUUGGGUUUAAUAUUAUAUAUUUAGUGCAUAUUUGCAUGAUUUAUGUAAAAUCAGACCUUAAAAUUAAGGUAAAUAUUUUGGAAUAUUUUAUGGAAUAAUGUCAUUUAGUUAAGGAUUAGGAGCUAUUUUGGCAUUUAUUUUGUUAAAGUUUUACGAAUUAAAUACUUUUUUCAUAAUUAUGAGUUUUAUUGGUUUAAUGAGUUUUUUUUAAUGUUGUUUUUGCCAAAAUUAUAAUAAGAACAAGAACAAGAACUUAAGGAAUUAUAAAAUAAUUUCAAUGCUAUUUUUAAUAAAGAAAUAAUAAUUAAUUUCAAAAACUUUUUAUUUUCAAAAAAAAUAAGACAUUAUUUGCCAUUUUUUUAUUUAUAAGGUGUUAUAAUCGCUUUUUAUUCAAGCUUUUUGCAUAAAUUAAUAUAAAUAUCAUUAAGGUACGAAGGAAAUGGAGAUAAUUUAUAUGAUAAUGAAAAAUAAGAUUUUAAUAUAAAAUCAACCUAUGUAAUCAUUGUUUUAGGUUUUAGUGAAAUGA